ACCGGGACACAGACCGGACAGGCUCCCAGUGAACAGCGGAGAUUGAACCAGACAUCCCCGGACGCAUGAACGAACUUAAACUCCAGCAGGAAACAAACUAAUUGAACUUUUUUUAAGUAACCAGUAGAGAAGAAGCAGAGUCAGGAAGAAGCGAGGAGGAAGUGUUGUUGCAGUGGUUGCGGCCGGAGGAAUGAACGCGGACAAGGAGGAGCAGGAAGACGAGCUGCUCGCCCUCCAUAGUAUCCUCGGUUCGGAGGAGUUCGUCCGAGAUGAGUCGAAGUCUGCCGGAGAAAUCCGAGUGUCUGUUGAGCUGCCUGCAGACUUCACUGUGACUCUGAAAGAAGGUGAAACGCUGAGGCAGUACGAGAUAUCAUUCCUCCCUCCUCUGCGUCUGACCUUUGAACUCCCUGAGGACUACCCAUCCUCCUCCCCUCCCUCCUUCACCCUCACCUGCAGCUGGCUGACACAGACGCAGCUUUCUGCACUGGCAGCCCAGCUGGCUGAUCUCUACCAGGCCACUGGAGGCGCUGUGGUACUCUUCACCUGGGUUCAGUUUCUUAAAGAAGAUGCCCCCAGGUUCUUAGACAUCCAUACGCUGCUGGAGCUCCCCUCUGAUGAACACAGCACCCAGGACAAUAGCCAGGACUCAUUAGAACCAAAGAAUACUAAACACACUCCAGAGGCAGGACCCACAGAUAACCAAAGUAUUAAUGUCUCAGAUCCACGUGAACCGGACCUCUCUGCAUCAUCCCUGGAAGUUGAGCAUCCCACAUUGAGCAGCACAGACUCUCAGGGAGCUGUGGCGUUAGAUUCCUGCAAUCUUCCUCAAAAUAAUUUAACCUCCCACCACAGUGAAGUCACCCAGGAUGGUCCAAACUCAGGGCCUAAUGCAGAUUAUCAGAAGACCUCAAACAAUUCUAACACGAGGGAGGCUGAACAGACCCUCCAAACCUCAGAGUUAGAGGCUGACUACCAGAAUGAGCCGACUUCAGAGCCUCUUCAGUUUGCUCAGUCUGAUCCAUCAAAUGAAGGGAGUGUUUCAGGCUCAUCAUUGCUUCCCUCCAGCUCCUCAGACCCGCUAGAUGAGAGCGAACAAGGAGCUGCUUCUCUGCCAAUCCACCCGAGAGAAUCCCCUCAAACCCUCUCCGUUCUCUGCCUAACUCCGUCACAAACUCUCCUGUCCCAGCUCUUGAUCUACGACGCGGCGCAGCAACAGAAACAGUUUGCCACCACAGUGUUUGACUGUGGUGUUUGUUUUGUGGGCUGGCUCGGUUUGGACUGUGUGCAGUUGCCUGAGUGUGGUCACAUCUUCUGCCAGGCCUGUCUCGCCCAGCUCUGUAAACUCCAGAUUACAGAGGGGAACGUCCGGGGUGUGACCUGUCCUCAGGCAGAAUGCACUGCCACUCCUACACCUGCACAGGUGAAGAGUCUGGUCGGGGAGGAGCUGUUCAGCCGCUAUGAUCGUCUCCUGCUGCAGAAUACUCUGGACUGCAUGCCUGAUGUGACGUACUGUCCUCGGCGUUCCUGUGCUUCGGCCGUCAUCCAGGACAAGUCCAGCAAUGCAGCAAUGUGCUCUGUGUGCGGCUUCGCCUUCUGUGUCAUCUGCAAAAAGACUUAUCAUGGAAAGGACAACUGUCAGGAAAAAAAGAAGAACGUUAUAAAGCGGACAGGCAAAGACGCACAGCAAGCCAGUGUAGACCUGCCACAGUCACAAGAGGGGAUCAGGGCUCUGUGGGACGACUAUGCCAGUGGCAGUAAGCAGAGGCAGCACCUCCUGGAGAGCCGAUACGGCCGCAAGAUAUUGCAGGUCACUGUGGAGGCGUCUCUGAGUGAGGACUGGAUAACCUCUAAUAGCAAGAGCUGUCCUCACUGCUUCUGCAGAAUACAGAAGGACAGUGGGUGCAACAAGAUGACUUGCUCUCGGUGUAGACGGCUCUUCUGCUGGGCCUGCCUCGCCAGACUGUCAUACUCUAAUCCAUUAGCACACUUCCAGGACAGUGCCUGCUUUCUAUAUACAUACAACCAGACAUAG